UAUUUCAUUUACAUUUGUUCUAUAAUUUCUAUCAAACAUGAUAUUUCUUUUGUUUAAAAUCGACGUUAUUCUUUUGUGUAACGCCCUUUAACUGUCCAAUCAGAACGAGGCGAUGGUAUCACUCGGGUCAAAGCCUAUAUAAAUUGUUAUCACGUUGAUCAGCUGAGCAGACAUUUGUAGUAAUUUGUAGUGCAAGUGUGACUUGUGACACAAGUUAUUUGUCGUGAAUAAACUUGUAAAAUUGUAUAAUAUGAUUAUUAGAAAAAAUAUACAUUGAAGAAAAAUGCAUGUCUUUCAAUUAUUUCAAAUGUGAUUGCAUUUAGAAAGUUAUCGGAAUGUAUUAAUCAGAUUGUAGUUCAAGCGCGAUGAUUGAUAAUAGAAUUUUUUUAUAUUUUAAGAAUGUUAUGCGAUUAUGUCGCUUGAAUUGUAUCUAAAUUUCUGUUCCGUAAAUAUCAAAGAGUGGUAUAUUUAUUGCGCUUCGUAAGCGCCGAUAGUAUUUCGGAAAUUAAGAAUGGAACGAAAUGGCGCGAGGGAAAUGGAAGAACGAAUGUGUAUAAGAGAUACUGGCAGAACAUUAAAAAAGUAUGGCAGUACGGCCAAACAUAUUACACGACCUGAAAAUUUAAUAAAACACACGGUAUCAACAACUGAUACACUUCAAGGAAUUGCUCUAAAAUAUGGAGUUACAACCGAACAAAUAAGAAGGGUCAAUAGAUUAUGGGCUUCUGAUAGUUUAUUCUUAAGGGAACACUUACUUAUCCCUGUUAAUCCAGAGAGCCCUUUGUCCUUACCUACCGACAAUACAAAUGAAACUGAACAUAACGAAGUUCAAACUGUUUCUAGUCCAUCUUCGAUCACAUCAUCUAUAGAUGAUGACAGUUCAGUUAAUGAUUUUUUAGCUAAAAUGGAUUCUUCUAUAGCUAGUGCAAAAAGGGAAGUUAAACGAACUCAGGGGAAUAGUGAAUUUUGCAUCGAGGGUAACGAUGCCUAUGUACAGCGGCAUAGAGUGUCUACUAACCUACGUAACUCCUUUCCUAUGGCAUCAAAUACACAUGCGAUAUCAUCCACUUUAGAGCCAUUAAGACCAUCGUCUUCUAGUGAUAUGCAUAACUUUCCAACUGCUGUAGUUAUGACUCAGGGUAGAAAAGUGAAGACAUCUUUACAAAGACUUCAACAACAACAAGAUGAAAUAUUUCAGUUGUAGCAACUAAAUAUUAUUGGACUGUAACAUGUUCAAAAUUAUCCAGUGUCAUUAAAGAGCUUGAAGAAAAAAAUAUAUUGGAUACUGAAUAAUACAUUUGAAAUAAUAGAAGAUUAUUUCAUAUUUAAAAAUUGGUUGAUCCGGUAUUAAUGUAAGUUGUACUCAUUCUUUCUUAUAAAGUCUCUAUGAUAUUUUGAUUAUUUUCUUAUCGGAAAUGAUUGUAAAAAUAAUGCCAGCCAAUUAUAUUCUUGUAGUCUCAGUACUACCAACAAUGGAUCAACUAGCUUUCAUAUUGUCCAAGCAUAUUUUCGAAAUAUUUUCAAUAAUAUUUCUUAGUGGACCAUAUGUGCCUUUAAUCCAAAUCGAUUGUGCAAUAAUUCUGUCAUUGUCCUUCAAGAUUUUUUAUGUUACGUAUAAAAUGUCGUUUUUGCAUGAUAUGUAAAAGUUAAAUUGUUUUCGUAUUAACUCCGCGGGCAAUGGCACAUACAAUCACGAUUAAAACUUCUGUAAUACAAAAAAAAAAGAGUUAAGUUAAUUCAAACUUUUCUUAUGACUAGUUAUAUUACGUAUUUGCAUGACAAAUUGUUACUAGAAAUUACGGUUCAUUACAUUAAUUGCAAUUUAAUGUUAAUACUCUAUAGUAAAAGUCUAUUUUCUCUUGUCUUCCUAGUAGAAUGCUCACGAUAUUAUUUUUUUAAAUAAUUUAUUUCGUUCAUAAGGAAUUAAAUACUAAUUUAGACAGAUCCAUGCAACUUGAAUGACAAACCACUCGUUCGUGUUAUUAGUAAAAUAUGACAUUCAAAUUCGUCCAUUCAAGUCUUUAUAAAAUUUCAAACGUUUAUACAAUUUUUCAACGAAAAAUAACUAUCUGUAUGAAAUUAGAAUUUUAAAUAGUAUUGCAAUUAAUAAUGUAUUCAUUAAAAUCAAUAUUUAAUUCCAGUCACAAACAAUUCCAGUAAACAACUCUUUAUGUUAGUUUAAUAAAAAUAUUGAUUUAAGUUUCAGAAAUAAAUAAUGAAUUUAUAUAUAAAUAAUGAAAAUUAUUUGUAAUUAUUUUGGGGGUAAUAAAAAUUUACUAUUAAUGUGGUUAUUAAAAAUUGUAUGCAAGAAAAGAUAGUACCUGGUAAUGUUGUCUAUACAUAGUACUUUUACAUUCUUAUAUUAAUGUUACUUACAGAUAUGAUCCAUUAUCUGGUCUAUUACUGUUAUAUUGCUUAUAUUAUAUUAGGCAUAAUGUACUCGUGUACUAUAUGAAAGCAACUAUAGCCUACUACAAUAAAAUAUUGAAAGAAUAAGUUCUGUUAACAAAUCGUGAUUUAUUUUAUAACAUAAUAAAAUAAAUAGAAAAGAAAUAUAUAUUCGAAAGUUUAUAUUAGACAAAUGCAAAACAAUCUAACUUAUUUUUUCACUUUGUUAUGAAUUCAUAACGAUUAAUUAAAAUCAUUUUUAAUGCUGUGCAUUAAUUAUUAAUUGUAAGUACAUUAAGUAGGAAACAUUUCGCGUAUAUUAUAUAGUUUACGAAUUGUACUAUAGUUUGAAGCAGUAAUUGUGGUGCAUAUGAAAUGAAUACAGUCAAUUUUUAUAUUCAUUUGCAUAGUAUAUACAUAUAUACAUUAAAUAACCAUUUAUGUUAAAAUGCAUACAUGUAGAAUAAAUAUUAUUGGUUGAUAAAAAGUGAUACAUAUAUCGCGACAUGUGAUAGAGAACAUGUAAAAUUGUAUAUAAAUUAUACAAAUUACUAAUGUUCUAUAUGCUCAAGGAAGGAUUUGAUUUACUAUGCAUGAUUAUUGAUUGUUAAAAUAGGUGCUUGUAAAUUAUGAACACUGUUAUAUUAAUUUAACAAAUUUUACAUAUAAGUAGCUCCAAUGCCUAUAAAUGAAUGCAUAAAAAUAUGACAUUCUAAAUAAUAUAAAUUAAAAUUGGCAAAUAUAUAUUAAUUUAUUAUUUCUGUUUAAUACUAUAUAAGAGCAAUAAAUUUAUUGGUCACAAAAUGAAUUAUGAUGUUCUGUUACAAAAGUUUGUUUGAAAAUACUAGUUUAUGUUGUACAUUGGUUGGUUGCAACAGUUAGUAAACUAUUUAGAAAUUUUAUAGUUACCAUGUAAUUAAAAUACUUCACAAUAAAAU